AUGGAGGAAAAGCACGCAGCAGCCUUGGAAUCCGCGCAUACCGAAUCCAACGGUGUCUCUCACGGGGCCGACCACGGCUGGCAAAAGGUGACCUACGCUAAGAAACAGAGGAAGAAGACCAACAAUAGCGCCAAUGGAUCCGAUACUCGAGCCAAUUCCAACAAACUCGUUCCAAACGGAACCUUGUCCAGCUCCGAUGGCGUUUUCCGGUCGCUGGAGCUGCAAUCGGAGGACCGCCGCCGGAAAAUUCUGGAGGCGCGGAAGGCGGCCGAUGCCGCAUACGAUGAUGAUGACGGGCCGGUCAGAUCGAAGCAGCGGCCUCGCAACGACGAUGACGAGGAGGAGGAGAAUGUGGAGCAUUCAGCUGAGAAUGGGAAGGUGGAAGAGAAGAAGGUAAAGCAGAAGAAGCCGAAGAAGCCUAAGGUGACGUUGGCAGAGGCGGCGGCAAAGAUCGACGCCGCUGAUCUGGGCGCUUUCCUCGUUGAUAUAUCGGCAUCGUUCGAGAAACAACAGGACAUAUUGAUGAUGCGGUUCGCUGAUUAUUUUGGACGUGCUUUUUCUGCCGUGACCGCAUCUCAGUUUCCCUGGGUGAAAUUGUUUAAGGAGUCAACUGUGGCUAAGGUCACUGAUAUGCCACUUUCUCACAUAUCUGAUGCUGUAUAUAAAACAUCAAUUGACUGGAUUAACCAACGAUCCCCUGAGGCACUUAGUUCCUUUCUGCUUUGGUCUUUGGAUAGCAUUCUUGCUGACUUGAGUAGCCAGCAGACUGUGGCCAAGGGUUCCAAAAAGGCUGUGCAGCAAGUUGCUUCAAAAUCUCAGGUUGCCAUGUUUGUUGUUUUAGCAAUGGUAUUGCGCCGGAAGCCUGAUGCUCUUAUUACCGUGUUGCCUACAUUGAGGGAGAAUACAAAGUAUCAAGGGCAAGAUAAGCUUCCAGUGAUUGUAUGGAUGAUAUCUCAGGCCUCUGUAGGAGAUCUCUCAGUAGGUUUGUAUGCUUGGUCACGAAAUCUCCUACCCAUAGUGAUUGGCAAAAGUGGUAACCCCCAAUCCAGGGAUUUGGUAUUGCAGCUGAUGGAAAAAAUUUUGUCUACCCCAAAAGCCCGGCCUGUUCUAGUAAAUAGUGCUGUGAGAAAAGGGGAACGAUUAAUUCCUCCUCCUGCAUUUGAAAUUUUGCUCCGGGUGACUUUCCCUCCAUCUUCAACUAGAGUAAAGGCUACUGAAAGAUUUGAGGCCAUAUAUGCCAUUCUGAAAGAGGUGGCUCUUGGAGGUUCUUCUGGAAGUAAAGCAAUGAAACAAGUUUCGCUGCAGAUAUUCAAUUUUGCUAUCAAAGCAGCUGGAGAAAACAAUCCCGAAUUAUCAAAAGAAGCAGCUGGUAUUUUAAUUUGGUGUUUGAGUCAAAACACCGAAUGCUACAAGCAAUGGGAAAAAGUCUAUCAGGACAACAUUGAAUCAAGUGUUUCAGCUCUGAAGAAGCUUUCUGAUGAUUGGAAGGAGCAAUCUACAAAAUUGUCACCUCAUGAGCCACUGAGGGAUACCUUAAAGAAUUUUAAGCAAAAGAAUGAGAAAGUAUUGGCUACCGAGACUGAUGCUGCUCGUCAUGCUCACUUCAAGGAUGCCGAUAAAUAUUGCAAGAUAAUCUUAGGAAAAGCUUCGCGAAGCCAUGGAUGCACUUCUUGUUUAACCUUUACAGCUCUUGGUUUGGCUGUGGGUGCUGCCAUUUUGUUGUCCCCCGGUAUGGAAUCUUUGGAUUUUAAGAAGAUCAACGAAGUUUUCAACAUUCAGUACUGA